AUGGACGGAUAUUCAGGUAAAAAAGCUCCUUGUGGGGUUGUCCCCAAAAAAGGGUCUGGCAUUGGUUUGAAAGAUAUUGCUAAGAAUACAGAUCAGAGAGCUCAAUUCUGCAGUCGACUGGGAUGCAGUGGCAGAAUUAAGUGCACUCAGAUUACCAAAAAUGGAAGCUCCAUUAAAGCUAAAUGUUUGAGGCCUUCAGUGCAUUCUUCAAAUGACAAGAAAAUAAUUGGAAAUCCCUCUAGGACGUGUCCUGUUGUGACCAGUGCAAAAAAAUCAGGUCCUGAUUCUAAGAGAAAGUUCUCUUCUCAAUUAGAAAUUGAUCCAUCAGAAAGCAGUGCUUCAGGUGAGGCUCCGGACCCUAUGCCUUCGCCAAGUAGAACUCAAACAGCACAUCACUCAGAAUCUAGAGAUGCCAAGACUCGAAAGGGUACGGUGAUGGAUACAGGGAGUUCUAGAGUAACAUCAACUAUUAAGCCAAGAACAAUAUCUAAUCGUAAUUCUGGAUCAUGCAGCGAAAGCAAUCAGCUAGAUUCUAUUCCACCAGUUUCUGAAAGUUCUGGCCUUAGAGCAAAGAACUGUAGUAGUAGGAGCAGGUAUGGUUUGAGAAGUCUAAAGUGUAAUUCAAUGUCGGAUGUCAUUCCACAAAGUUUUUCAACCUCAGAUUCCAAACCUAAUACGAAGGAUGUAGUGAAAAAAGGAAAUCCAGGAGGGCAAAGCAUUUCAUCUCCUGGAUUGAACCAAACAACUGUAGCCUCGUCCAUAGUCGGAAAUGUCGCCCCGUCAAAUAGUGGUAUCUCCAUAUCUAGUCCGAGACACAACAGAAGUUGGGCUCAUAGAGAGGAGGGGAAUGGAGUUGCAUCUGUCCGCACUCGGAGGUUAACAAAUAUAAACACAACACCUAGACAUUCUAAUCAAUAUGAUGGAAACAGUUCCUCAUUAAGAGAACCAGUGUUCCGGAUUUCUCAGUUAUGUCGGCCUGAGCUACCAGUUGAUGCUGGCGGUCACAAUUCCUCUCAACACUUCUCUGCAAAUGUUUCUUCAAUUGGUUCAAGUUCGUAUAGUCUUUCGAGUAGUAACGGCAAUAAUCUCUCCAGUGUAAUGCCUGCAGAAUUGGGCAUUACCCAUUUAAUGGAUCGUAUGACAUUGCAGCGACUUAAUAUUGGUGGAAUUGCUGAGGUAUUAUUAGCAAUUGGAAGACUUGAACAAGAUGAAGAACUGAUUAGUGAGCAUAUUUCUGCCUUGGAGAUCAGUUUACUCAGUGGGCUCAACCAUUAUUAUGACCAACAUAGAGACAUGAGACUUGACAUUGAUAGUAUGUCCUAUGAGGAAUUAUUAGCUUUGGAGGAGAGGAUAGGCACCGUUAGCACAGCGCUCUCUGAAGAGGAAUUGACAAAAUGCCUAAGGAAAAGCUGCUAUCAAGCUAUCCCUUCUGAAGUACGGGACACUGGAUCUUUGGAGGAUGGCAAUGACACCAAGUGCUGUAUUUGUCAGGAGGAGUACGGAUUUGGUAAUGAAAUUGGUACAUUGGGAUGCCAGCACGGGUAUCACAUGGCAUGUGUCGUACAAUGGUUGCGGCUGAAGAAUUGGUGUCCCAUCUGCAAGAUUUCUGCAUCUCCCUCUCAACCAUCUUAG